AUGACGCCAGCAAGUCUGCAGGCCGCUGUAGUAGUGCCUGAGGAUCCGCUCUAUGAGAUCGAAUACCAUGAGUUGAAGGAGAGGCUAUUCAGCAAGUACCGGCGUGAGCUGCCCAGCGAGUUCACCAAGGUGACAGGUGGCGAGAGCGGCGACACGCCUGAAGGGGAUGCGGGAGACACCAGCUUCUCGUUCGCAUCGAGGAUCACUGAGGCAGACGAGCAGAACGACAUCAAAUCCUUGCGGCGAGCCCUGCACAAACGCCUCUUCUUCCUAGUCAGAAGCAAAGGUGAAGGCGGCAAGGAAGUUUGGCACUUUCCACAGAGGGGGCAUGAGGCAGGGCAGACGAUUAAGCAGGCAGCAGAGGGCGCUCUAGAAGGUGUUUUGACAGCGGAUGAGGGAAGGCAGGUCUACUUCAUAGGCAACUCGCCAGCCGGGCAUGGACGCUACCCAGACUAUGACAUGUUCUUCCACAGGGCUCAGCUGAUCAAGGGGUCAGUUGCCCUGCAGCCAGGCGGUGGCCCACACGACUAUGCAUGGGUCACCAAGGAGGAGCUGCCCCAGUACAUUGAGGACCCGAACGCACAGAUGCUUUUCAGCAUGAUUCUUGCAGGCCCUUGA